UUUUUUUUUUUUUUCUACUUCAUUAUGUACUACAAUUUAAAUUUACCUUUUAAAUGAUAAUAAAUAACUACAAUAUCAUGCUUUAUUUGUCACAGCUUAAAUUAUACAGAAAAAUUAUGAUGUGCAACAUACUGUCUCUGUGCAAAGCUUGAUAUUUGUGUUAGCAUACCGUAACUUUCAAUGCCGCUCGAUGCAACGCUAUUGUGGACUCAUUUUGCGGAUAUAUAUGCCGUUAUAUCUGUUGUACAUGCCGCUCCAUUGAAAUCUGGAUUAUAUCCGUGUCAUAAAAAUGCUGAAAAUGCAUCGGAUUUUUCAAAAAAAAAAACAAAACAAAGAAAAGUAGAGGCAGGGGCAUGUACGCUUACUCAUGUAUUGUUCUGAAGAUGGC